UCUUUCUCUUUCAUUGUGGUAAAAAGAAUUAGGCAAACGUUGGAAUUAUAAAUUGUUUUUUUUUUAGUUUUUACCUUAUCAUAUUUAGGAUGGAGGAUGUCCAAAAGCACUCUGUCCACACGCUGGUGUUUCGAUCAUUGAAAAGGACACAUGACAUGUUUUUGUCUGACCAGGGCAAUUUACCAGUCAGAGACGAUCGGAGUGAAUGGUUUCGUAGACAGUGCAAAAUUAAUGCCGAGUACAGUGUUGUUAAAGAUUUGCCUAAAGAACCUGUCAAGAAACACAUUUCACAAGCAGACAACCCAUAUAACAAAUGGCCAGGUCAGGACACACAGGGUGCUGAUACCAGCCGUGAAAUGAUGGCAUAUGAAACAAGCAGAAUACCGCCUCCAGCAGAUUCAAACAAGGCGUUGGUAACUAUUGGCUCUCAGCAAGCCUUGGUACCAAAGAAGGCUCCAACCAUGCCAAAACCCGACUGGCAUCCACCAUGGAAACUCUACAGGGUAAUCAGUGGCCACCUGGGCUGGGUGAGAUGUAUUGCAGUGGAGCCAGGCAAUGAGUGGUUUGUGACAGGUGCAGGGGACAGAGUCAUUAAGAUCUGGGACCUGGCGUCAGGCACCCUGAAGCUUUCCCUCACAGGUCACAUCAGCGCAGUAAGGGGUGUGUGUGUGAGUCCACGCCAGCCAUAUCUGUUCUCUUGUGGAGAGGACAAGAAGGUCAUGUGCUGGGACCUUGAACAAAACAAGGUGAUCCGAAACUACCAUGGUCAUCUGAGUGCCGUCUACUCCAUAGACAUCCACCCCACCAUUGACAUCAUCGCCUCAUGUGGUAGAGAUGGCACAUGUAGGAUCUGGGACAUGCGUACAAAGGCCUGUGUUCACACAUUGACAGGGCACACAAACACAGUUGCCGAGGUGAAAUGUCAGGCCGCAGAACCACAGAUUCUCACUGGCAGCCAUGACUGCACAGUUCGGCUGUGGGACCUGGCAGCAGGCAAGUCUCGAGUGACACUCACCAAUCAUAAGAAGAGUGUGAGGGCCCUGUGUAUCCACCCAACACAAUACACUUUUGCCUCGGGCUCGCCAGACAACAUCAAGCAGUGGAAGUUCCCGGAUGGCAAUUUCCUCCAGAACCUGUCUGGCCACAACGCAAUCAUCAACAGCCUCGCCCUCAACUCUGACAAUGUCCUGGUCUCAGCAGCUGACAACGGGUCCAUGUAUUUCUGGGACUGGAAGACCGGAUACAACUUUCAACGUAUGCAGGCUGCAGUCCAGCCAGGCUCUAUAGACUCUGAGGCGGGAAUCUUCGCCAUGACCUUUGACCACAGCAACACGAGGCUGAUAACUGCAGAGGCUGACAAGACUAUCAAGAUCUACAAGGAGGAUGACACUGCAACUGAGGAGACACAUCCACUGAACUGGCGACCAGACAUCGUGAAGAAGAAACGAUACUAACAGACUAUAUCCAUCUGUGCGUUGGUGUUGUUUUAUAAACAUUGACACCAAGUACUAACAGACUAUAUCCAUCUGUGCAUUGGUGUUGUUUUAUAAACAUUGACACUAAGUGUGCAGAUCAUUAACAUUGUAUUUCAUAUACAACAUAAAUCUGUAAUAAAAUCAUAAAAACGAUUGCAGACUGCAACGAGAGCAGCAGCCCAGGUGCCUCUAUGCGAGUAGUAUGUUUAAUCAAGAAGUCUCAAUUUUGAAUUUGUUCAAUUUUAAAACCUUUGUGCAUAUGCGGUAAUAAAGUGUUUUCUUAAUA